UUCUUCUGGAAGCAAGUGCACGCAGCGCCAGCGAAGAAUCUAGAACAGAACACAUAGCCACAUGAAGUAGGGGAGAAGGGCAAGAUAAAAUUCUCUCCGAGACAAGGCGGCGAGAGAGAUACAGAUCGAGGCGGGCAUCGAUUGUUCGGUCUGGUGCGAAGAGGAGGAGCAGGAGUAUCGCCGAGAACAGGGCGAGGAGAGAUGUUUCUGGUGGAUUGGUUCUACGGGGUGCUAGCGUCGCUGGGGCUGUGGCAGAAGGAGGCCAAGAUCCUCUUCCUCGGCCUCGACAACGCCGGCAAGACCACCCUCCUCCACAUGCUCAAGGACGAGCGGCUUGUGCAGCACCAGCCGACGCAGUACCCGACGUCGGAGGAGCUGAGCAUCGGCCAGAUCAAGUUCAAGACCUUCGAUCUCGGCGGUCACCAGAUCGCCCGCAGAGUCUGGAAGGACUACUACGCCAAGGUUGAUGCUGUUGUUUACUUGGUGGACGCUGCUGACAAGGAACGGUUUGCAGAGUCGAAGAAGGAGCUCGAUGGCCUUCUUUCAGACGACUCCCUAGCGAAGGUGCCUUUCCUCGUACUGGGUAACAAGAUCGACAUACCUAUUGCGGCAUCCGAAGAGGAGCUGCGCUACUACCUCGGGCUGAGCAACUUCACCACUGGGAAGGGCAAUGUGAACUUAUCCGAUUCCAACGUGCGGCCCCUGGAGGUGUUCAUGUGCAGCAUCGUCCGUAAGAUGGGCUACGGUGAAGGUUUCAAAUGGAUGUCUCAGUACAUCAAGUGAAGAGCUUUCCCUUCCUGCUGCUGUCUACAGGGGCAGUGUUCAGGUCUGGUCCUUCGUCACUCUCCUGAUGCUCUGGAGAAACCUGCAGCUGUAAGAAAACGUUUAUCUUAGCGAUAGGGAAAACCUGUAAGUUGGUGUUAACCCUAGAUAUGUGGUGGGUCGAUUUGUUCAAUUGUUCGCUUGUAAGAUGAUUUUAUUAGCUACAACGUGGUUCGCAGGGGUGGUGUCAUUUGUAGACUGGGGAGGUUUCCAGCCAAUGUAAUAUGUCACCUCAGCCGGUGCACCAAAGUCUGUUAAGCAUCUGUUGGAUCUUGCCUGCAAUGCUGCGUAAAAAAAAGGGCGUAUCGAUCAAAAAUCACAGCAAAA